AUGGCUCCGCCGCACAACCUCCCCCUUCACUCCUCACGCGGCUUCUCCAUCCGCGCAGCCGCGCGCCUCUCGGCGGUGUUAUCCGCCGCGUGCUGCGCGCUGCUUCUCGAUUCCGCCGCCUCCGGCGCCGCCCCCGCGUCGUCCCUAGUACCGUCCGCCCGGCACGCCGUUUCAUCUCUUCACCAGCCGGCAUCGGCCGACGAUGAGUCACCGUUGUCGUCAAAUUACGGCUCGACCGUCUUCCCUAGUACCGCCUGGUCGUUGCUACACCCGUUUCUCGACUUAGACAAAUCAGACAAUCUCAGCGGCGACUCGUCGCGAAUAGAACAGUCGCACGCGACGCGCUCUCCGCCGCAUCGCCUGCUCGUCGCACAGCAGCAGGCCAGCGUCGCCGCUGCCGCCGCGAGCGUCGCGACGAGUGCUCGCGUCAACAAGCCUCCGCCGCCGCCUCCGCCGCCGCCGCCGCCGCCGCCGCUGCGCGAGGUGGAGCUGGACUCGUGCGCGCUGCAGGCGCUGCUGCCGCAACUCCUCCCCCCCUCCCUCCUCGACCCCGCCUGCUUCAACCACCUCGCGCAGCCCUCCGCGCAGCACUCCGCGCUGCACUCCGCGCUGCACUCCGCGCAGCCCUCCCCCGCGCUCGACUCCCCCCCGCACGGCGGUGCGUCCACGUCUCCGCUCAGCGACAGCGCCGGCAGCGGCAGCGCAGCGGCUGCAGCAGCGGCGGCAGCGACAGGGGCGGCAGCGGCAGCGGCGGAAGCGACAGGGGGGGACAGCGACGAGCCUGAGACGGCGACGCGGAGGGAUCUGCUGGACGUGGCGCGCAACAAGUGGCGCGCCAGCACCGUGUGGGCGCCGCUGGACGCGGAGAGCAGCGCGCAAGGCGCGGGAGGCGCGGGGGGAACGGGGGGCGCGGGGGUAAUGGGGGGCGCGGGGGUAAUGGGGGGCGCGGGGGUAAUGGGGGGCGCGGGGGUAAUGGGGCUAACAGAGGGCGCGGGGGUAAUGGGGGGAACGGGGGGACCGGGACGAGCGGUGCCGGCAGCGUCAGCGUCGACCCUCACUCCCCCGAAUGAAGUGAUCACUGUGUGCCGCUCCGCUGGUCCAGCUACCAUCACCAUCAGUCCGGAUCUCAGUGGGCAGACCUGGAGAGGCUGGGGCACCUCGUUGGCAUGGACUGCCAACUACAUAGGGAAAUUACCUGACGACCAACUGACCACCCUGCUCGACCUGCUCUUCUCCCCCACCACGGGCAUCGGGUUCAACCUCGCGCGCUACCUGCUGGGCGCAAGCUUCAAUGCCACCAACAGCCCACAGCUUACCAAAGACACCUUCCACCAGACCAACCUCCCCGGCUACAAGCCGACACAGGCCGGCCCGUACGACUGGACGGCAGACUGGCGGCAGCGGAAGGUGCUGAUGGGAGCGGUGGAGCGCGGUGUAGAUGAGGUGGAGGCGAUAGCGUAUUCCCCCCCUUGGUGGAUGACCAUCAGUGGGGACACCGCGGGGAACGUCGGCGGCGCGUCGAACCUCUCACCGGAUAGGUACGGCGAGUUUGCCGAGUAUCUAGCAACCAUAGUGGAGCAUUUCCGGCGGGAGUGGAAUGUGACGUUCAGCACGAUGAAUCCGGCGAAUGAGCCGUUGGAGGGGUGGUGGCAGCAGGGGGGGAAGCACGAGGGGUGCACGUUUACCGCUGCUGAGUUAGAGAGGUUGUGCACGGCCGUGGCGCGUGCGCUAAAGCGGAAGAAGCUUCCGACGCAGGUCGCGGGGUUUGACAGCUUUGUCGGGUUCACGGUGCGAAACGCGAAGACGUGGACCGGGCAGCUGCUGUCCAGCCUGAAACGGAUCUCCGUGCAUGGGUAUGUCCCUCCACCGCCCACCACCACGGAUACCAGGGAGUUUAUCGAGCAGCUUUAUGUGUGGUUGGCAAGGGUGGGGAUGGGUGUGGGGAAGGAAGUUUGGGUUUCGGAGAUUGGGCCGAUGUGGGCGGGAGGCGAGGACACCGACGUUGGGUUGUUUCUAAUGCGAUCGGCGAUUCAGGCGAUCAACAUCAUGGGCGCUUCGGCGUGGAUUUACUGGCAGCCGAUCACCCCGGACCUCCCGACAAACCCUAAUUCGUUCCGGUGGGGGCUGCUCACGAUAAAGCACAACGGCGUUUCGGAUCCUACGGUCAUUCCGCUGGAAAUGUCGUUUUCGAAAAAGUUUUUCAUGAUGAAGCAGAUGGCGCGCGCGUCGCCACGAGGGAGCGUGCCGUUGAGGAUUGAUACGAGUGGCGGGUGCCACCACUGCAUUGCGUCGUUCUUCAACCCCGAUAAGAACUUCCUCUCAAUUUAUAUAGUGAACCAGGAUGGCGGGGACUACAGUGUAACGUUUAAUUUCGAGUUUUUUGGGCUGAUGGAUGGGGCGAGCCUGUGUGAGGUGGAGGUGCAGCGGACGUCUGAAAGCGAGGAUGCAGUGGUGGUUUCUACUGAUAGUUUUACUGAAAUGCCGCAGACUCUGCCUGGAGCCGCUUUGGUGGUGGUGGAUCAUACUGGACGUAGCCAGAUGGCCGCCAAGGCCUCCUUUCUCUUCGUCUGCCUCGCCUCCGCGGUGCUCCUCUCCGCUGCAUCUGCCACUCCCGCCGCAAACUCGACUGCUGCCGGCGCCAAAGCGACUCCCACCGCAAACAAGACUGCCGCUGCAAACGUGACUCACCCAAACCGCGUCGGAGCCGCCGGCGUGAGCCUAACGUUGACGAGCGCGAAGCGGAGCAAAGACAUGAGCCAGGGGAAGGAUACCACGUGCUCGUACUACGGCAACUACACCACCAACCCCUUCUUCGGCAAAGGCCUUACCGUGAAGCUUCCUCCCGCCGCCUUUCAACAGCGCUGCGGCGCGUGCUACAAGGUGAGCUGCGUGAACGACACGAAGCGGUGCCGCGACAAGCCCGUGACGGUGCGCGUGGUGGGCGAGGUGAAGUCAGAGAAUCAUCUGACGCUGUCCCGCGUGGCGUGGGGGAAAAUCGUGCAGGCCGACAUCGCCGGCGGGCCAAUCAACGUCACGUACGUGCGCACCAACUGCGUGUCGAUCGUGGGCUCCGCGGUGCGCGUGCGGCGGAACGCGACGGCGGAGAACUUGCGCAUUCAGAUGGUGGGGCUGGCGGGGCCCGGCACGCUACACCUCGUCGAGGUGAGCGCGGACGGCGGCAAGAAGUGGACGAAGCUGUCGCGCGACGGCAGCACGGCCGUGUGGGUGCUAUCCGGCGCGGAGGCGAAAGCGGUAACCGGCGCGAAGAAGGCGAUGAGCGUUCGCCUCACGGCGGGACACACGCUGGAAGUGAUCGUUCUCGCUGACGUCAUUCCCGCGGAUUGGAAGCCUGCGACGCUCUACCCUGCGAAGGCAAACUUCAAGAAGUUGAUGCCCGAAGCCAAGUAG